GGAGCCUCUACCACAAACGCGGAGUGCGGAGCCUCGGCCGAGCCUCCAGGGGGCUCGGCCUGCGCAUGCGCACCUCUCUGCCUUCCUGCCCGGGCGCGCUCGGUCCCACUCUCCUGGUCGGGUCAUGGAGGCCUCGGGAGGUGCUGGGGGCUCCGGGGGCUCCUUCCUGAAAGAUAUCGUGGCCUAUGUUGAAGUAUGGUCUUCCAACGGGACAGAGAAUUACUCAAAGACAUUUACAAAACAGCUUGAGAAUAUGGGGGCAAAGGUUUCAAAAACUUUCAACAAGCAAGUGACCCAUGUCAUCUUCAAAGAUGGAUAUCAAAGCACCUGGCACAAAGCCCAGAAGAUAGGGGCAAAGCUGGUUUCCGUCCUCUGGGUUGAAAAAUGCAGGAUGGUGGGAGCACGUGUCGAUGAAUCUUUGUUCCCUGCAGUGAAUACUAAUGAACAUUUACCAAGCCCAAUGAGAAAAAAACACAAAUGUAUGCAGCCUAAAGAUUUUAUUCCUAAAACACCAGAAAAUAACAAAAGACUUCAAAAGAAGUUUGAGAAAAUGGCUGAAGAGCUACAGAGACAGAAGACAACCCUUGCUUCUCAGAUGUUUGAACAGGCUCAACAGAAUCCAAAUACCUCUCUGUGUGAAGCAUCUUUGAACGUUUCUCGUGAAUCUUUAAGUUCAGAUGAAUCCUUUGCCAGUUGUUCACACACAUCUUUUGAUGAUCUCUGUGGAAACCAGGAAAAGAAACGGAGAAAAUCUGCUAAUGAGUUGGCCAGGAAGGCAUGCUCUUCCUCACCUGUGUUGAAAACAAGCCUUUCUUACAAUUCAGCGUUACCCAACCACCUCAGUCAGCCUAGUCCUCAGAAAGCUACAGACCGUCCGCCAAAGGAGGGCACCAGCUGGCAGAAAGACGCUGCAGGUGAGCAAGUUGACCCAGAGAGAAAGCAAGCUGCAGGUGUGUCUCAGGGGGUGCCUGAUGUGCUCUGUCUGUCCCCUGCGCUGUUUGCCUUACAUGGACUCAAGAGUUCCUCAGCAAAGAGAAGAAGGCCAGCGGAUUUGGGGUCACCUCCAAAAGGAACACCCAAGGAGAGGUACAAUGGGAAAUCUGCCCUGACGCCUCAGCUGUUCAAGUCUGACCAUAGCCGGCAGUCCAUGACUGGCCCCUUUCUGGGGACUCCUGAUGUUGGGGCUUCCUCUUACGAGGACUACUUUUCCCCUGAUAAUCUCAAGGAAAGGAAUUCGGAGGCUCUUCCCCCUAAGGCUCUGUUCCACUCCAGAGGACUCUCAAAGUGGGAGCGAAGAAACAUACUGGAAAUGUGUGACUUUACCCACAUUGGUAAAACACCCAGACCCAUGAGCACAACUGACUUAGUUUCAGAAAGUACUUCUAGUCCUGAGAAGCCUGAUGAGAAGGAAGUGAGUACAGUUUCUAGGUGCAUUUUGGGGAGAACGUCUGCUACAGAAAGCCCAGAGUGUGACAGGCAGCCUGGCCUGCAGUUGAGGGAGGCCACAGGGCCACAGGGAAGUACCCAUGCUGACACCCAGAACAGCCCUGCUCAUUGCAUCACGCCCUUGAAAGAAGGCAGUAAGGAAGCCGGAGAACCAAUUGAUGUAAAAUGCUCGCCAAAAGACAGGACCAUUCCUCCAACGUCGGCGUCUUCUGAAGGAGAAGCACACACCUUCAAUUUUGGAGAGGAUUGUAAAGUAGGAAAAUCUGUAGAAGAAAAGGAGAACAUAGCCACAGGAUAUAGUCAAAGUGUUAACAGUGAACCGUUGAGGCCUGAAACUUCAGACAGCUCUGGUUCAGACCUUGUCAGACCUCACAAGAAACCCAAGAAAUGUGGGAAAGGACAAAAGCCAAUGAGAACAUUAGUCAUGACAAGCAUGCCAUCUGAGAAGCAAACUCUCAUCAUCCAGGUGGUGAACACACUAAAAGGCUUCUCGUUUACACCUGAGGUCUGCGAGUCCACCACCCACGUGCUGGUGGGGAAGUCUGUCCGCACCCUGAACGUGCUGAUGGGGAUUGCCCGGGGAUGCUGGAUUCUCUCUUACGAAUGGGUGCUGUGGUCUUUAGAAUUGGGUCACUGGAUUUCUGAGGAGCCUUUUGAACUCUCUCAGUCCUUCCCUGCAGCUCCGGUGAGUCAGCACUGUGUGGUGGGGGGAGAUGCAGUGUGGUGAUCUAAGAAACGCCGUGUCUUAGGUUAAGGGUGGUCUCGCUCAGACUAAAAGGAUGUCACCCUAGAAAUUAGUGCCUCUGUUGACUGAUUUGUGAGCUCACACGGGAAAACUUGUAAAGCGCAAUGAGAAAUAUCACUGUGGAAAUGCUUGUUCACUUACGCUGGCAGUCCAGAUUCGGGAAACUGAACUGGGGGGGUUGCUGCACGUUCAUUGCUAACCUGGGCUAUAAGGUAAGAC